UCCGUAUAGGACUACCCCACACAUUCUUUCAAAUUAGAAUUUGUUCUGAAAAGCAUGCACCGUUUUUUCUUUUGAAACAAUGUUGACAAAUAAAGUUAGUCAACUUUUGGAACACAUGCAGCUCAUUGGCAGUAAUCUUACAUGAUGCCUUAUUCCCGCGGUAAAAUUUUCCAGACAACCCUCCACUUUUAACCAUUAAUGACUUGUGAUAUGUGACAGAUUUAUUAAAAUUAGUGAGGACGGGUACAACGACAUUUUUAAAAUGGAUUAUGUGUCCGAAAUAGAAUUAGAGGGCGACACGGAUAUCGAGAUGGGUAUGAUAGAGGACGUCGUCUAUUCUCAGGAGUUUUUGCCAACCUUUGAGACUAUACCUGAGGGGGCAUCAGUGCCCAAAGUGGAGAAGGCUGAGUUCAACGGCAAAUCUGACUCUCUGUUCUUCAAUGAUGGGGUUAGACGGAUCGACUUUGUCUUAGUCUAUGAAGAUGAGGACAUGAAGGAGAUCGACAAGAAUAGAACGUUCCAGAAACGUAAACAACGGAGAGAGUACUUUGAGGCCAGCUUGAUGAAGAUGGGGAUGGAACUAGAGGCUGCCAGAUCUGUGGUGGAUGAGAAGCUGUUGUUCGUCAAGGUGCACAUGCCCUGGGACGUGCUAUGUACCUACGCCGAGGUCCUCCACAUCAAGCUGCCCAUUCAGCCCAAUGAUCUGUCCACCACGUCCUCACCCUUCAACUUCCUCAGCUGCAUCACCAGACACUUCUACCCCAGCGAGGACCUCAUAGCCAAGGAGACGGAGUACUUCACUGCCCCGUUCGAGAAGGACAGGCUGGAGUACUUCUACGUGAAGGACCGGGACCUCUUCUUCACGCCGUCCAUGAGGAGUAGAAUGGCCUACUACAUCCUCAGCCGAGCCCCCUAUGAGGUGCGAGGGAACAUGAAGAAGUUUGGUGUCACCAAGCUGCUCGAUGGGGGGGUGUACAAGGCUGCUUAUCCCCUGCAUGAUUGCAGAUUCAACGUCAGGUCGAAGGAAGAUGAGUGCCCCAAUGAGAGAUACCUCCUGUAUAACGAGUGGGCUCACCCUAAAAGUUUCUAUAAGAUGCAGCCACUUGAUCUCAUAAGAAAGUAUUAUGGGGAGAAGAUUGGAAUUUACUUUGCUUGGCUGGGCUUCUAUACAGCCAUGCUGGCCCUCGCUGCCAUUGUUGGACUUGGCUGUUUCAUUUAUGGGUACACGACUCAAGAAACAAGCACCUGGAGCAAAGAGGUGUGCGACCCUUUGAUUGGAGGAAAUAUUGUGAUGUGUCCGCAGUGUGAUAAGGAGUGCACAUACUGGAGGCUCAACAGCACCUGUGAAUCUUCUAAAAAACUGUGCAUAUUUGAUAACUAUGGGACGCUGGUGUUUGCUGUCUUUAUGGCCAUUUGGGUGACCGUGUUUCUGGAGUUCUGGAAGCGCUACCAGGCAGAGCUGGAGUAUGAGUGGGACACCGUGGAGUUCCUGGAGCAGGAGGAGCAACCUCGUCCCGAGUAUGAGGCCAAGUGUAACCACGAGAGAAUCAACCCUGUCACACGGGCAAAAGAGAAAGUACCUUAUACAGCCUGUGGACGGUGUAUAAGAGUGUCUUUAGGAAUCGGGACCGUCUUAUUCUGGAUUGUGUUGAUCCUAGCGUCAGUGGUGGCCAUCAUCGUAUACCGACUGGCAGUGUUCUUCUCAUUUUCGACGAGACUCCAGUCUGACCUAAAGGAGCUCGAACCGUUUAAGGAGUAUGUGACCGCCCAAAUGGCCACCUCCGUCACUGCUUCUGUCAUCAGCUUCGUAGUAAUCAUGGUACUCAACAUCCUGUAUGAGAGGGUUGCCAUCUGGAUCACUGACUUCGAGCUACCAAGGACCAAGACGGAUUAUGAGAACAGUCUGACUCUGAAGAUGUUCCUGUUCCAGUUUGUCAACUACUACUCCUCCUGCUUCUACAUUGCCUUUGCCAAAGGGAAAGUGGUUGGUUACCCUGGGCAACCUGUUUACCUGCUGGGCAAGUACAGGAAUGAGGAGUGUGAUCCAGGAGGAUGUCUGAUUGAGUUGACAACCCAGCUCACUGUCAUCAUGGGCGGUAAAGCCAUCUGGAAUAACAUUCAGGAGGUGUUGCUGCCGUGGAUGAAGAAUUUGAUAUUCCGCUACUGCACACGUGUGGGGUCUGAAAAGGUGAUUCCUCGCUGGGAGCAGGACUAUCAGCUGCAGCCCAUUGGGAAGCUGGGCCUCUUCUAUGAAUACCUGGAGAUGGUGAUCCAGUUUGGUUUUGUGACUCUGUUCGUGGCCUCCUUCCCCCUGGCUCCUGUCCUGGCUCUGGUCAAUAACCUCUUUGAGAUCCGGGUGGACGCCUGGAAGAUCAUCACCCAGUUCCGCCGCAUGGUUCCAGAAAAGGCCCAAGACAUCGGGGCGUGGCAACCCAUUCUCCAAGGUGUCGCCAUCUUGGCUGUGGCAUCAAAUGCCAUGAUCAUUGCCUUCACAUCAGACAUGAUCCCACGAUUGGUUUACUACUGGUCUUUCUCUGUGUAUCCCUAUGGAGACCAUUCCAGUCACACCAUGCAGGGCUACAUCAACAACACCCUCUCUGUGUUCGACAUCCAGGACUUCUCCAACCAGAGCCGGCCCUUGCAAACACCUUACUGGUUCAAUAACAGCACCACCUGCAGAUAUCGAGAUUUCAGAUAUCCACCAGGACACCACAGACAAUAUGAAUACAGUAUCUACUACUGGCAUGUGAUAGCUGCCAAGAUGGCUUUCAUAAUAGUUGUAGAGCACAUUGUAUACCUGACCAAGUUCGUUCUGUCCUACGUGAUCCCGGACGUGCCUUACACAGUGAGGGAACAGAUCAAACGAGAGAAGUACUUGAGCCAGGUCAUCCUUCACGAGACCAACCUCAAACUGGUGACCAAACGCUUAAAGCCUGUCGCUGAUAAGAUACUUAAACACAAUGAGGACAAGGAGGAGGAGAUUAUGGACCUUUACUUUUAAUCUCCGAAACUUUGUCAGAGAAGAGAGAGUCCUGCCUUUGUCAGGACCUACAAUAUUUACAAGUAUUGUGAGCAGCUAAAGAUGUAUUCAAUACAUGUUUUAAUAACUUUAAUUAAUAUGAAUUAAUAUUAUUAGUAGCUUAAUAGCUUGGUGGGACUACGAUCAACCAAACCAGCCAUGAAGCUCAGCUCUGUUGCUCAGAUCUCUGGAUCAAUUGCAUAUUUAGCACUUUUAUGUCACUGAUUGUUACAUGUACACUGUUACAUUUAAUGUGUCUUGUAUUGACAAAAUUAGGAUUCAAUGCCAUAUGUUCGACUGUACGGUAAAUAUGGAAGAUUAUGAAUGACAACAAUACUUUUCUUCUUUAAACAAAACAUACAGAUUUUUAUACAAUUUGUGAGCUAGGACUAUCCAAACAUUUCUAAUACUCAAGGUGUGCUGGAUUUAGUCAGGAAUAAUUCCAAAAGCUCAAAUUGCGUUGACCAGGCAAGCCAUCAAGUAAGGAAGCUCGUUCCCGCCACCCAAGAAAAAAUAUCUGACUACAAGUUAUGAGAUUGAAUGUCUGGAUCGUGGACAUUGAAUAGUCCUGCAGGUCGACCCCUUUCAAAGGGGAAAUCUGGGAUUCACACAAUAACAAAGCUUCUCCCACCACAGCUGAGGAAUGGGGCAGGAGAAAUGUAACCAAUCUCAAAUACAUAGAAACAAGGACUCACAUAUGGAUGCAGGACUGACCAUCCAUCAGAUACAAAUUAUAUUUUGAACCAUGUGUUGAAGCUAUACCGUGUUUUAUUUUUACAAUUACAUUGUUUACACACAAGAGAGUAAAACAAGCUUAUAUUUUGUGUUCUGAUUGAGUAAGACCGUUACUCAUCUCUAAGUUACAUUAUUGAAGAAUCAGUGGCUUUACACUGAGUGUACAAAACAUAUUUCCAUGACAUAGACUGACCAGGUGAAUCCAGGUAAAAGCUAUGAUUCCUUAUUGAUCUUACUUGUAAAACCCACUUCGAUCAGUGUAGAUGAAGGGGAAGAGACAGGUUAAAGAAGGGUUUUUAUGGAGUCAUGGAUUGUGUAUGUGUGCCAUUCAGAGGGUUGAAAGGGCAAGACAAAAGAUUAAAGUGCCUUUGAAUGGAGUAUGGUAGUAGGUGCCAGGCGCAUUGGUUUGAGUGUCAAGAGCUUCAACGCUACUGGGUUUUUCACGCUCAAUAGUUUCCCGUGUGUAUCAUGAAUGGUCCACCCCCCAAAGGACAUCCAGCCAACUUGACACAACUGUGGAAAGCAUCGAAGUCAACAUGGGCCAGCAUCCCUGUGGAACGCUUUCGACACCUUGUAGAGUCCAUGACCCAACAAAUUGAGGCUGUUCUGGGGGCAAAAGGGAGUGCAACUCAAUAUUAGGAAGGUGUUCCUAAUGUUUGUACAUAUUAAUUAAAUCUGAUGUCAACCAGAUGUCAUCAAACAGGCACCAACUUACAUCAACAAAACUCUUCAAUACGUUAAUAUUGAACAAUAUCACCACAAUCUCUCUAUCUUAUCAAUGUGUGAUUGACUAUAAGAUAUGCAUAAGGUUAUCCUUAGUUGAGGAGGGCCUGAUGCAAAGUGCACAUUGGAUUUAUGUGAUACAGAUCGCCUGAACUUAUCUCAUAAUGACUUACUAUCAUGUAAUUAUGUCUUUCUAUCUCAUAACUCGUAGUCAGAUGUUAUUUUUGGGUGGCGGGAACGAGCUUCCAUACAUACUCAUGGUCACCUCAAGUAUUUACAGUACCAUUUUUGACCUAUGUAUUGGAUUUUAAGCAUUUUGAUAGAAGUCUAUCGCUUGAAUCAAUAUAUGUUGCUGUAUUAUAUUGUGAUUUUUUUAAACCAAAUGUAUAUAUGAAAUAAGAAUCUGCCCCUGUGUACAAUAUUUGUCUUUCAAGUAUUUUGUCAAGUGUAUUGUAAUUUGUAUGUUAUCCCAAAUAAAAUCAAAAUUCUUUGUUUUUUAUAUAGAACCGUGAUUAUGUUUGUCGACAUUUCAAAGUUCAGGUCAGAUACAGUUCAUCUUCCAAAUAAACUGCACAUGUUCUCAUACUUGAAA